AUGGGGAUUUCACAAAAUCAUGAGAAAACAGACAGGACACGCCUCGCUGCACUUACACUUAACUUUUCCGACUCCGACUCCGACCUUGAUCCUAACCUGUCUUCUGAUCAGCCUACUCCGCAUGCCAAGUCCUCUGCAUCAGCGAAUGCGAUUAUAGCUAAAAAGAACACUAUUACUGAGCCAGAACGACCAGCUUGUCAGAUACAA